AUGGAAGCUGACAGCCUUGUUGGUGCUGGUGGCAGUGGUGUGGCACAGGAAUCCCAGCGCAGGAAGAUGGUUUUGCAGGCCUGGCAAAAGAAGGCCCUUCUAUCACCUUUCACCAAGAGCAGUUACCUGAGCUUCAAGGACAGGCAGGACCUGGCCAGGGAAACGGGACUCCAGGAAUCCCGAAUCUGCGUGUGGUUUCAGAACCGCAGGACUCGCACUGGGGACGUGGGGCACGCCCCAAAGCGGUCCAGCAGAGGCUCCAGCCAUCUAGCCUCACCACACCUCCAGGAAGAGCAUGUCUCCAGCGCACAAGGUAGAGGCAGUCCCUCAGACCGCAUAAGGCCUCGCACUCGACUUACCUUGCUACAGCUUGAGAUCCUAGGGCAAGCCUUUGAGAGGAACUCACUGCCAGGUUUUGCAACCAGGGAGGAGCUCUCACAGAGGACAGGAUUGCCAGAAGACACGAUCCACAUAUGGUUUCAGAACAGAAGAGCUCGGCACCCCAGCAGGGGCAGAUCCACAGCUCAAGAUCAAGAUUUGCAGACCUCACAUGGGUCAGAUGGGGUUCCUGGAGGUGCCAGGGAGCAUGACGACGCCCAGGACAUCUUGUUGCCAGUGUCUGCUGCAGGAAAUGUUGGCAUGGAUACCUGGAGCCCUGGCAAUUUGCCCACGUUCUGUAGAGAGUUUCAGCCUUCUCAAGUGUCACAGCCUUCUGGAGCAGGCCAAGCAUAG